AGGCAGGCAGGGCAGAGUUCUGCAUUCUCCUCAAUUCAGCACAGUGAGGCUGUAAUACAAACCAGUUUUCUGUCAGCACCCAGCGUGGAGCGUGUAUCUCACUUCACACAUUGCGUACCAAAUUAAUCUUUCUAACAUAAAAUCAGAACACAAGCUGCAUUUCUGUAAUGUGAUACAUUCUAAAUCAGUAUUGUUUCACAGAAAUAAAAGGGAAUCCUUCGUUGUGGCUCUAAGUAAUUAUAUUCGCUGUGUGGACCUUGCUUUGUCUGCAGUGGGCUCAUCAGGGGCUGCAUGUUUUUUUUAGGCUGUCAGUGAGAAAGGGGAAGUUUGAGUUGCGUUACAUUUUGGUUUCCUGUAAAGGGUUUGAUGAGGAAGCUCAGAGGAGCUGAUCCGAAACUCAAACUCUGAAGCCCAGCCUGCUCGUAGAGGGCUGCUUGGGGCUAUUAACAGGGAAGGCUGGUCUGUCCUUGAAGUGAGAUUGGGGCUCGUGUGUUCAGAGCUUCGUUCAAGACUUCAGCACAGGCUGCUUGGAGAUUAAUAACUUGCUAACCUGGAGCUUGUGGUGUUGGUCUUGUAUUGCAAGUUGAUAAAAUCGUGGGUUUGCUGAAGUACAAUUAUCUGUCUGCUUGCACUCUGUCAAACUCAUCGGAAUUCCUUCCUGAAACUCACUGCCGAUGGUCCCCCCUGGCUGAGGGAGAAUGGAUUGCAGUCAGGACUCGGUUCCGAUCGGGAAGAACAAGUACAUCGCCAAAAGUGGACUUUUGUCACAUUUGAAAACUUACAACCUGUACUAUGAGGGACAGAACCUGCAGCUGCGACACAGAGAGGAGGAGGAGGAGCUGAUAGUGGAGGGCUUAUUAAACAUCUUCUGGGGGCUGCGCCGGCCAAUCAGAUUGCAGAUGCAAGAUGACAACGAGCGAAUCAAACCGCCCCCUUCCUCCACAUCCUGGCAUUCGGGCUGCACGCUGGACACACAGAAGCCUGAGAGCACAGAGUGGGAAACAACCACUAUCCAGAUCACAGAGCCGGAGAGCCAGUCGGAAGAGAACAGUUCUGUCGCCGAGGAGAACAAUGCAGGCUCGACAGAGCGCGAAGAGGAGGACUCCCCUCAGCUCCUCCGAACAAAGAGCGAUGCGGGCGUGUGGAGGAGGGGCAACCGGCGGACCCCCAGCGACCAGCGAAGACUCAAACGCCACCGAUUCUCCAUCAACGGACACUUUUACAACCACAAGACGGCGGUCUUCACUCCUGCGUUUGGUUCUGUGACGAACGUGCGGAUCAACAGCACCAUGACAACGCCUCAAGUGCUGAAGCUGCUGCUGAACAAAUUCAAGAUUGAAAACUCUCCUGAUGAAUUCGCGCUGUACCUGGUGCACACGAGCGGAGAGAGCAGAAAGCUGAUCCUGACAGACUACCCCCUGCUUGUGCGAGUGCUGCAGGGCCCCUGUGAGCAGGUCAGCAAAAUCUUCCUGAUGGAGAAGGACCUAGGCGAGGAGGUCACCUACGACGUGGCUCAGUACAUCAAGUUUGAGAUGCCAGUGCUGCAGAGCUUCAUCACCAAGCUGAAAGAGGAGGAGGACCGCGAGGUUCACAAACUCAAGACAAAGUACACAACCAUUCGCUCAAUGAUCCAACAGAAGAUACAGCACCUAGGCGAUGGGCCGACCUCCAUGUAACCCCCACCCCCCUACACACGAGAGAAGGGGCUUGUUUCUGUGCCAGCUAGCCAAGGGCAAAGAUCACAGUGGCACAGAGCCUGCUGGCACCGUGCCCUCCUCUGUCCUCCAUUUGAAUCAAUGCACUUCCUCUGUGUCCCAGCAAGCAAGACUGAAUGUAUGUAAAUGUAUAGAAUUGACAGCUCUCCACCUGUCCUCCCAGUGUGGUAUUUUUUUUCUGCAGUUUGAGGUUUAGCCUGAGUCCUCUUUAUCUAACGCUGUACUGGACGCCAGUAUCGGAGCCCAGAUUCGGACGCAUGCCUGUUGUUCUACUGGAGAUGUCAUUUUUAACCUGCUGUGCUACUGAUGCCUGUGUGGACAGUAGGACCCUGUUUCAAAAGAAGAAGAGGAAUCUCGGGUCCCGACCAGCUGUCCUGGGUAAUCCAGAGGUGGCUAAAUACAGCCAACCUAACAAAGCAAUAAAAAACUCUCCGUACGGUGUCGGCAUUGUCAAAGCACUUGAAAAUAAACUGCAGGGGGCUGGACAUAUAAUUAGAAGCAAUGUGUAGCUCACACUCAAGUCAAAAUGAGUGUUCCUUAAUGCUACAGAUUUGUGGUGCAUACAUGCUCUGUAAUAAAUAAAAGCUGCAUCUCCCUGUUCACAGUCUCAGUGAGGCAGCGAGAUCUGGCAGGCUUGGGUAGCAGGGGCUUGGUUGGUAGGUGCUUCUAUAGGCUAAGCGGCACAAAUUACUCAGAAAAAACUAACAACUGAACUGGUUACGUUGCAUCAGUGCUGGCUUUCCGCGUUGGCCCGGCGCCCUGUUGACAGUGUUAUGGCAGGUGUUCCUAUUUUUGUGUCCAGGCCCUUGUAUAUUUGAAGCAGUUGUGAGCACAGGGAUAAAGCACAGAGUGGAGAGAUGUUGUAUCUGCUGUUCUCGGAAGUGUUUAUUUUUGAUGUUCUCUGUUAAUUGGAGCAGUCCGAGCCAGUGCAAGUCAUCUCCAGGUGUGUUGUUCAUUAUUGCCUGGCUAAUAUAAAAACAAUAAUUCCGGCAUCUCAUUUUCCAACCAUUGCAUUUUUAGAUCAGCAAUAUCUUGUGUUGAAACUUGGUAGGGACAUCUUGGUAGGGAGCUUUAGUUUUGACUGAAUGUUCUGACUGCUGAUUGACCGAGCCUGGCUGUGUCUUGAGAGUCACUGUGUUUGGUCUUGCAGCACUCCUCAGAGCUUCUGUCCAGCGAAAAAGUUAAAUGAAUUUGGCAACCACAUUCAUUUCUUUAAAAUUUGCUUUUAAAAAAUAUCUUUGUUUUUAAAUGCACACAGAUAGAUAAUCUAUUUUACAUGUCGAAGUGUCUGCAAUAAAUAACUCCUGUUUUUAAUAAAGUCAUUUUCUGCAAA